GGGGAGAGGGAGGUGCCUGCGCGGCCCCCCGCGGCGGCGUCGGGCCACUCCCUCCCUAGCUUGCUGCUUGAGGGUGGCUCGGCUGCGGGAACCGGAGCGGGAGCUGCAGCUGCGCGGGGCUCGGUGAUAGUUGCUGCGGCGGCGAAAGUGAAGAACGAAGAGGAGGCUCUGGGGCAACGGCAGCGGCGUCGGCGUCUGAGGAUCCUCGGCUCAGGCGAGGAGCCCACUCCCGGCUGCUGAGGCAGCCGCGCCGCUCUGGGUGUGGCUGGGCGGUCCGGGCCUCCGGCCCCGGGGCUAUGAACCGCGAGCGCCCGAGCCCGCGCCGCCUCAGCUAGAGGAGCCCGAGCCCGAGCCCGGCCUAGCAGGGAAAGAGCCAGGGAACCGCGCGCCAGGCCCUUCAGGCAGCCAGUAUCAUCUGUCACUACACGAGGGGCAAACACCGACUUGGAGGAUGAGUGAGCUGGAGCAGUUACGGCAGGAAGCGGAGCAGCUGCGGAGUCAGAUCAAGGAUGCUAGGAAAGCAUGUGGCGACACAACACUUGGUCAGAUGACAACGAGUCUGGAUUCUGUAGGAAGAAUUCAGAUGCGAACAAGACGUACACUUCGUGGUCACUUAGCUAAGAUUUAUGCCAUGCACUGGGGAUAUGAUUCAAGGCUACUAGUCAGUGCUUCCCAAGAUGGAAAACUAAUCAUUUGGGAUAGCUAUACAACAAAUAAGAUGCAUGCCAUUCCUUUGAGAUCCUCCUGGGUGAUGACCUGUGCUUAUGCUCCCUCUGGUAAUUAUGUUGCUUGUGGUGGUUUGGAUAACAUCUGUUCCAUCUACAACCUGAAAACUAGGGAAGGCAAUGUGAGAGUGAGCCGGGAGUUACCAGGCCAUACAGGCUACUUAUCCUGCUGCCGUUUCUUAGAUGACAACCAAAUUGUUACAAGUUCAGGAGAUACAACCUGUGCUUUAUGGGACAUUGAAACUGGCCAACAGACCACCACGUUCACUGGACACACUGGAGAUGUGAUGAGUCUGUCUCUAAGUCCUGACAUGAAAACUUUCGUUUCCGGUGCUUGUGAUGCCUCUUCUAAACUCUGGGAUAUCCGAGAUGGCAUGUGUAGGCAGUCUUUCAUUGGGCAUGUGUCAGAUAUUAAUGCUGUCUGUUUCUUUCCCAACGGGCACGCAUUUGCCACCGGCUCUGAUGAUGCCACGUGCCGGCUCUUUGACCUUCGUGCAGACCAAGAGUUGAUGAUGUAUUCCCACGAUAACAUCAUCUGCGGCAUCACUUCUGUAGCCUUCUCCAAAAGCGGGCGCCUCCUGCUCGCCGGCUAUGACGACUUCAACUGUAACGUGUGGGACACGCUGAAAGGAGAACGUGCAGGUGUUCUUGCCGGCCACGACAACCGCGUCAGCUGUUUAGGUGUCACCGACGAUGGCAUGGCUGUAGCGACAGGAUCUUGGGACAGUUUUCUUAGAAUCUGGAAUUAACUGGGUUGUCUGUUUUCCAUUCUCCGCUGAGAUCUGGAGAGAUCAAUGCUGCAGCCUGUAGCUGUGAAAUAACAUUUCUACCUUGUAUUUGCAGGUGAAGUGGAGGGUUUUUUCUAUUCACUAUUACACACACUCACACACACAAAGGCUUUAUGUAAACUAUUAGAAAAUAAAGUGAAGAAAAGGGGGGAGGGGGGCCGGUGUAUAAAAUCAGGGGGACAAGAAAGCGAAUACAGACCCAGUUUUGUUUGGGAAAUUUGGGUAGCUUGAUCUGAGGAAUUUCUGCUUGUGCUCAGAGUCUGCUAAUCUUCCAUUUUCCUGGUAUGGAACAGAAUGCACACACUAUUGCAGCCUCUCCCGUAACAUGUCCGUCUGUCUAACGUACGUCUGCUUUUUUUUAAAGAACUACAUGUAUAGCUUUGCAUCUAUCUGAAAUGUCGUAUUUCUGAAUUUUGGAGAUCAAAUGAUAGUUUGGCAGGAUCUCGUCUUUGUGAAACGGCUCUGCCCGGGAAGUGGUGCCGCGGCUUUGGAGGGCCGGCGGACACCACUCCCAGAGCUCCUGAAGACGCGCUCUCCACCCUGCCAAACUCCUCUGGGGCUCUGCCCGCACGUCCGACAGGAGGCGCAGACCGACCCACGGCCAACGUUCUUGCUCAUUCUUCAAGGCUAAUUGUAAUACGAUGACACUAGGAGGGACGAGUCCCACUGGGCGCGGGGCCAAUUGGAUUUUACGCUGAGUUUUUAGGGUAUUUGGAAGACUUCAGGUUGAAUUUUUUUUUUUGGUUCUUUGCCUCAGAGAUGAAGAGAAACCUGGUGAUCCUGCCCAGGAUCUCACCCAAGUAUAUAUGCCUCUUUUAUGUAUAGUUAGCGUAGCGAGAUCGCACUGUGUUGAGUGAAGAGCAUGACCCCUUGUCUCUGGGUCAGUAACCUUAUUUAAAACCUUAAGUAAACUGUUUCUACGACAUUUAGGGUAGUGAAAAUGGCCCGUGCCUUCUCGUCUUAGUAGCUGCCAGGGUCUGUUAAAUGGAAGCAGGAAUCCAUCACUUGUGGUGUCUCAGUAUUCCCUCCAGUGCCAACCGUCAUUUCUUGAGCUCUUUGGCCCCUUAGGAGCCAGUCUCAGCAGUCAGAGUUCCUUACCGGAGUGGUUUGGUGUUAUAGCACCGGGUCCGCCAGAAGAGCUGGACUCGGAUUUCCUUUGGAAAUCAGUCACUUCAUGGGUGAUGUGGCUUCCCCUUGUUGCUAAGCUUUCGGGCCACAGACUCCUGCUGAGACCAACAGGACAUUUUGGUCACGUUUUACUCUCGACGUCAGCACUUCCAAACUGUGCCUGUCAAUCUGUCUUGUUUACAAAUAGUAAAGCGUGCCAACCACCACGAAUUUGGGAGCCAUUCCAUAGGAUGUGCUAGAAAGAGAAUACACUGAGGGCCAGUUCGGGAGGUGUCGGACCAAAAUUAUUCUACACUGUAGAUCACAAGAACUCGUGCGUUUUCCUUUUUCUGCAAGAUGACUUUGGUGAAUGGUGUGCUGUCCUAAUGAUGUCCUGUGUCUUUGUGUGUCUUCCUAAGGAGCAGCUCUUUGGGGUCAGACAGAAGGUGCAAACCUCUGGAAAAAGCAUUGUCAUUUGGUUCAACAUCAGGAAAAAUGGCUAAAAAGCAAAAUAGAUGAGAGAAGUCCUUGCCAGCCGUUUGGAAGCUGCGUGCCAAUGGCCAUAAUUGUCUGUAGCACAUGGACAAGCCACAAGGGUUAAGUGUUUACUUUAAUAUUUCAACAAUUUGAAUAGACCAGUUUAAAAUUACUCUGAUGACUCGAGUGAUUAACAAGUUAGAGUCAUCUUUGUGCUGUGGUGAGUGACUGCCAGCAGCAUCCAAGGCUAUUUCAUUAAAUUUAAAUAGGUAGGCUGACAGUUCCCUCGUUUCUAUGCACCAAAUGGUAGUUUGCCGGUUGUUAAAUUUAUCUGCAUAUUGAGAGUUCAGCACAGCCGUCUACCAUAGAUUUCUAUUAUUCUUUAAGUAUUCCUAAAGUUGACCGGAAGGUACACACACAAGGGAAAUCUACCGAUCUUUAAAUUGGUUGAAAAGAAAACUUAAUGCCAUUCAAAUGCCACUUCCAUUUGUAUCAAAAAUAUUAGCAAUUUCUGUUGCAUUGGUAGAAAUAAAAUUGUUCUCAAAUCCUAAAAUUUAUUCAGCUGUUUCUUACUAUAAAUGUCAGUGAUUGACAUUUGAGCAUAAAGCACUUUAAAACAAGAUGACUACUGGCAUAAUAAGGUUCCGAAAAAGUCUGAUUCUUUAUUUCUUCCUCUCCAACAGAUUUUAACUGUUAGUCUCUGCAAAGGGCUCAGGUGACCUGGCCUGGUAGUUUGUGUCAUAGGGAAAUAAAUUUGUCCUCAGAUUUUCAGAGCUGUUGGGUCCCAGUGGGCAGCGGGCAACAGGAACAGAAAAUCAAUCUUUCCAAAGCGGUAUUUUAGGGACCCCUUUCUGCUGUUUAAUUUGUGCCUCAUGGUUUAAAUGAGAAACUUCUAAGUGUGGCUGAAGUUUAACAUUCUGUACUCAGAAUUCAUUCUGUUUUACAUGGAUUGGGGUCAGCCCCCAAACGGAACGAAACCAAUGACACUGUAUACCCGGUUCUGAUAACUAUGAAGGACUUUCUGGAAUUUUCCUGAGUGAAAAGACUGCUUAUACGUUAGUUCAGAAUAGAACAACAAUGUCUGAAACUGAUAUUUCUAACCUCCCAUUAUAACGAACAAAAUCAUGGCAUUGGCCAAGUCUUUUGCCAGUUCAUCUGGACGUGGCAGAUUCAUCUUUGUGCCGCCUGUUCCAUUGUGACAUCGUGUCUUAUGUUUAUAAGAGGAACAUGAAUAACAUUCCAUUUGUUUUCUCCCUUUGUUCGGAGGACAGUCAGCAGCCACUAGACCAUAGUGCUAUACUUUAAAAUACUGGUUAGUUAGAAUAGGUGAAAACAUGCAUUGUCUGCUGUGUUGGGCCGCAGAAUGACUGAUUUUGAGGUCACAUUUCGUGUAUAAAUUAAGCAAGCAUGGGCUGGUGGUGCACCUUGUAUUCCGUAAUCUGGCAUGCAUGCUGGUAAAACUUCUUCCUACACUUUGGAGGCACCCCGGGCCUUUUUAUCCAGUUGCUGGUUAUGUAAAAUACAUGCAGAAUGUUAAUGCAGUGUUGUAAUGGUAAAAUGUGUAAAGUGUUACUAAUUGAUAUAAUUGAUAACAGAUUAAAUGUGCCUGACCAAAUCUUGUACCACACACAGUAUGUUAGGUUUUUGACUAAUAUGGACUUCAGUGGAAUAGUCUUUAGAUAUUUCAAGCCUUUGUUUUACUUACACAAUGGUGCUCUAUUCUGUGUUUUUUCUCCUUUCAAAGAGGCAUUCGAACACUUGUACUACAUAAUACAUCCAAAGGAGUCCAAACGUAAUUGGUUUUUAAAAACUUUUGUUUUGCAGUCACUGUAUAAUAGUCAAAUUUCCGAUAUAUUUCUUCUCAUCUUACUUAGGAUAUUUGUUUUACACACUCUGUGCUGACUUGGACCAGACAAGUCAGUAAAGAUUACAAACAAUUCCACACUGCCUUUGGAGUGUGUCUGUAUCCACAUCUUAACAGCUUUAAUUUAAGCUAAUAAUAAAAACCAGGGACUUGUGCCGUGCAUUCUCCAAUAGUGCUUUUGCAUCAAUGACUUCCCUGUGAAAAUGGUCACUUGCUAUGAACUUCUGUUUAUAGCUUUUUUCCAAUGGAUUUGAUCUUUGUAUUUGUACAGUGGCUCAGUGAAACAUGGUGCCAUGAGUUGAUAUUGUAACCAAUAAAAUAAGUGCUUUUAACCAGA